AAAACAAAAGAGAGAGAGAGAGAGUGAAGAAAAGCACAGAUCGAUUGUGUGAGAGAGAUCACAAUUGUUAGGGCUUAUCCCAUGUUUGCUUCACGCAAACAGCUAAAUGUGGAUAUUAUUAAGGCUUUUGCUCUCUCGCGUGGCUUUAAAGACUCUUCUUUCUUUCUUAGCUAGCAUUUUAAUCGACCCACUUAAUUCCUCAUUUGAAAAUUAUACAUAUAUAUAUUUAAAAUAAAAAUACAAAAAAUAUAUAAUUAAUAAUAAAAUAAAAUCCACCAUCAUCUACCAAACCAGAAAACCCCACACCCUUUUCUCUCCUGAUACUCCUUCAAGUAUAUACCCACCAAGAAAAGAAACAAACAAAAAAAAACCCUAACUCUCUAUCUCCUUUCUUUUUCUCUGCUUUGGUUAUUUUCUCAAGUAUAUAUUUAUCAAAGAAGAUAAUCAUUCAGGGAAAAGGGUCGAGAGAUUAAAAAGAUACCUCAAGACAUGAACGCGAACCCUAGUAGUAGUACAAGUAGCGGCGGAGGAGGUAGCGGUGGUGGUGGGGGUGGAAACAGUGGGAGUAGCAGUGGUGGCGGUGGACCCUGCGGCGCGUGUAAGUUUCUUCGGCGAAAGUGCGUGGCGGGUUGCAUAUUCGCGCCGUAUUUCGAUUCUGAGCAAGGCGCGGCUCAUUUCGCGGCUGUCCAUAAAGUGUUCGGAGCCAGUAACGUGUCCAAACUUCUCCUACAUAUUCCGGUCCACAAAAGGCUCGACGCCGUUGUUACCGUCUGUUACGAGGCUCAAGCCCGUCUUAGAGACCCAGUUUACGGCUGUGUUGCUCAUAUUUUUGCUCUACAACAACAGGUGGUGAGUUUACAAACGGAGCUAUCCUACUUACAAGCUCAUCUAGCAACAUUGGAGCUUCCAUCACCGCCACCGGCUCCACCGCAUCAACCGACGCUCAUAUCUCCUCCACCACUCACAAUCUCAGACCUUCCCUCAGUCUCCACAGUACCCGCCACUUACGAUCUUUCAACUCUUUUCGAGCCCAUUGUGCAGCCUUGGCCCAUGCAGCAGCGCCAACAACUGGAUCCACGUCAAUUUGGUGGUGCCACUGGUGGAGGCGUGGGCGGGGGCAGCGGUGAUCUUCAAGCUUUGGCUCGUGAACUUCUUCAUAGACAUGGCUCGCCGCCACAUGGUUCUGUGCCGCCAUGUUCAGAUCAUCACGGCAUUUCAUCACAAUCUCCAUCUCUUUCGAAAUGAGACUCUUAUAAAUGACAAUUGAACUAAUACACAAAGCUGCUUGCCUGAUCAGGUUCCUUGUUGGUCAGAUACUUUAGAACACUUAAAAAUUUUAGGGGUGGGGGUUUUUUCUUUUUUCAAGGGCAAGUGACGUUAAUAACUGAUCCAUAUUUAUAUAUUUUUUUAUAUCUUAAUUUUCUUUUGCUUAUUUCGUUUAUCUGAUGAAUUAAUAAUAUUGCUAGAAAAACUUAAUUAUAUCA